CUAAUGUAGAAUAAUGAAUUUUUUUAAUGUAGGAGACUUUUUCAAUGAUUUUUACAUUGUACGUUGGUAUUUGUACAUUGUACAGCUGUAUUUUAUGCAGUUUUUUGUACUGAUCAUCAGUGAUUGUUUUGGUUACACUUGAAAACAGAGGUCCAUCUAAUUAUUCAUUUACUGCUAUUAAAAACUCUGUUAUAUAAAUAAGAUAUGAUUAGAUUUGUCAGUUGCUUCCUAAAAUGAUGUCCACUGCUUCUUUUCUUUCUUUUUUUUUAAGACUCAUGUACACCAAGACUAGCUUAGCAUGACAGAUAACAACUUAAUCCCUCUUACAAUAUAAAGUGUACCAAUGCAAACCGUGAAUAAACAGAGUGAGAUCUUAUUGAUAUGCCCCUGUUGGAGAAACCACACCUCUGCUAUAUAGUCACAUCCUGUUAAGAGUGUGGUUUCAGCCAACAAGCUGAUAUCAUUGCUGCUGCUCUAUAUCGACUACGUCUGCUUAACAACAUGGCUAAACUGCUACAAGUCAUUUCAGUUUUAAUCAUUGUUUUCAGCAUAUUUCAAGGUACAGGUACGACUGUUCAACCAACAACAACAGUUCAACAAGGUACGACUGCUCUACGAACAACAACAACAACAACAACAGUUGGAAGAGAUGUCACCACUGAAACGCACCAUCCAUCAAGCACAGCAUCUUUGACCACCCGUGCUACCAUUGUGACUAAUUCUCAAAGCACAGCUUUGAAUGAAACACCUCCAACAAACAGCACAUCUCCUCAAACAAGUAUCCAUCUAACAACCACAUCUUCACAGUCACACACAUUGUCACAUGGCAAGAUCACCACCACUGACCAAAACAAAACGACUAUAGUUGUCAGUAACAGCAGUGGAACCACUGCUUUAAAGACCACCAAACUCACUACUGAAGAACACAAUAAGACAGGAAAAUUGAACACAACCCCAAGUUCAGCUUCAAGUAAUGACAGAGAAGACAGCUUGGCAAGAAACCCAGGCCUUGUGGCUAUCUUGUGCAUUUUCUUCAUCACUUUGGCCUUGGUGAUUGUGGUUGUGAUCGCUAAGAUGAUCCGCUGCAGUAAAACCUCGCAAUUUGAAAGGCUGGAUGACGUACCUAUGAACAAGGUGAACGAGGAAGCACCAUUUGCUCAAUACCCUCCACAAUAGACAAGACUUUCAAGACUUUCAUGGUGUGGGCAACAGGCAUGACAGUGUAAAUGCAAACUGGAAAAUGGGUGGAGUUAUGGAUGGAGUCCAAAAUGUCCUGCUUCAUGGAAAACCUGUAGCGCAUUGUUAAUAUGUAGCAUAAUUACAUGUCACACAUGUUUUAAAAAUGCUUUAAAAAUCUGAAUGCUAUUAUGAAUUAUUUUAAUGUCAGAUUAAGUCUGUUUGGUUAAUUCACAUGAUCAAAAGAGGGCGCCACUAUUAUAUGUGGGCUUUGUGUGUCGAUGUGUGUGCGAGAGAGAGAGAGAGCGCAUGGGUGUGUGCAUGUGUAGGUGAGUAUGUGGGUUUAUCAAUUGAGUCAUGCCAUUUCAUUUGGCUUGAAUGUUUGCCCACUAUACUGUACAUUCACUAACUAGACUAUAUUUGCUCUUAGAACUAUUGUUGGACAUGUGUGCAAGGGUUGGUGAAGUUUCAGCAUAGCUUUGAGUGCUUUUAGGUACUUUGAGCUUAGUAAGAAAGAAUUAUUUUAAUAUA